GAGUUUCUUGUAUUGCUUAUAGUUCUCACCACAGAACUUAGGUGUGUUGGCUUUCCUCUUCAUCGUCGUUUCGUAUAUUGCACACUGCUACCAAUGUUUAAUGCAAUAAAACGACCAAAUCACAGUUAUAACAAUCUGAAAUAGAAAACGUAUUAGAAAUACAUAAUCCAAUAUUCAUUGCUCAAUAGUCAAGAAUACAUCAUAAAACGGGAUUUAUAAAAUGGCUAAUAACUUACUCUAAAACAUAGUACUCGAAAACAUACAAACUCACCACUAGGUGGAGACGAAACUUGACAUCCUGUCCUAAAUAAAAGCAUUGUUAUAAAUAAUGAUAUAACACAUUGGUCUUCUAUCCCUGGAAUAAGGUUAAAGGCUACAGAUAAGUGUAGUUUGUCUCUUUUGAUGUUCCCUGGGAACCUCUCACUGAUAAGAGAUAACAUAUAACUGUUGGGUUGAAUAUAACUUCAACCUGAGGGCAACAAUUCAGCAUUAUCCACAAAUCCGGUGUGUUUAAAUAGUACAUACUCUUGCAACCAGCUUUGUGUUAACCAUUUCCAUAACAACAACUUCUAUGAAUUAUCUGCCUGCUACUUCACUGUACAGGUGCUGUAAUAGUUUUGCAAAUACGUUAAUGCCUUUUUACCUAUUUCAUUGAAUGGUCCAACCUGAAAAUAAAAUUGAUCAUAUAAUCUCAAAUCACUUACAAUGUUUGCUAAUUGCUAUUAUAUGAGAUUAAGAUUUUGGACCACAAUUUAAUUGCCUCGUGUUGCCAGUUUAUUUAACAACUAACUUGUUAUUUAUGUUAGCAAGUUACCCCUUGAUUGCAGUCACAAGUUUGAAUGUAACACAAUGACCUUCACACAGCAAAUGGAUGCAGAGGACAUAGUUAGGCGGGAUAUUGAGCGACUGAAUAUAGCAAAUUUCUCCUCACCUCUGGGAGCUGAAGUUGCAUCAGACCGUUUUACUGGUGAACGAUCUUGGGAGAGUAAUGGAAAAGCACCAAUGAAGUCCAGAGCAAAAUCUGAAUACUCAUAUCUUGACAAGUUACACUGUGUCCCUAACAACAGAUGGUCUGUUGAACAACAACCUUCACCAGACGAGUGUCACGACAGUGGGGUAUCCCUUCCCCUGGCUAUAAGCCAAGCAAGUAACUUACAAUACGAUGGAGAACAGAGAAUGAUUGACAGGUCCUUCGGGUUUCUGGACCAGGAGGGUUAUAGCAACAUACACGGAAUGAGACCUCACAUUUUCAACUGCCGUUCCGAGCCUUCCAUACCUCCUAGACUCAACAUGGAACCUCUUUCACAAGUAAGACCAGGAUACCAGGAGCACAAUGCGCGUCCAGCAAGUAUCCACAUUAGUACACAAUACAGCGAACACGCCAUCUUCAACAGUCCCAGCGGAGUGGGCGGCAGACACGGGAGCACAAUGUUUAACGACCACGUUAUGUACCGGAGUAUGGAGUCCAUGUUUAAUCACGCUAGUAAACUGGGCAACACUUCCGAACACACUUCCGAUACUACGCUCUCUGUGCCUGAAGAACAACAUGUCACCAUAGACAGAGAUCCGAAGAGAGGGUUUGGUUUCACGAUCAGAACAGCAACAAACCUUACUUCCCAGGACAGAGUCAAGAUAAAAGAGGUUAAACCGGACAGUCCUGCCGCGUCUAAAGGUCUGAUAGAGGGGCAGAUCCUACUUCAGGUCAACGGUAAAGACAUACAGGAGUUAUCUUUUGAAGAGAUCGUGUUCUUAAUUCACAAUGAGGGAAACAGGGUGAACUUAACAGUCGUGCCAUCCCAAACUGUACCUCAACCUCCCACUUUGAAUGAUGUAGUGCACGAGGGUUACUUGCAGCGACAAACGAAAUGUGGAGGAAUUAAACUUUGGAACAAACAGUGGGUCGUUGUGAAGAGAGAUGGCUGUCUUUACUACCACAAAUCUAGAGAGAGCCAACCCAGCGGUAUGAUCGUUCUUCCCUCCUUCCACUACAGCAAAGCGGUUUGCGCAAACAGAAAGAAUGUGAUCAAGAUAACGCGGGGCUCCAGUGUGUAUCUUUUCGCGGCGCACGAUCUCCAGGAGUACGAGAAAUGGCUGCAAGUUCUGGCUGAGGCUACAAAGACUCAGACUCUUACGCUAAACCAUUCUAUACACAACUGCGCACUAUCCGCUCUAGCCAUCGAUAAUCCUCUUUACUCCGGCUGGAUACUAAAGUUGAAACUCUCCGGAUUCCGGGCCAAACGGAAGUGGUGUGUUCUCAAGGACAACAUGAUGUUUUUCUACUACAACAUCGAGGACAAGAAAGCGCACGAGGUGCUGUGUUUGACGGGUUACUCCUGCGCGGCUACGUCCGUGCGCGACUACAAGUAUUGUUUUGCGCUUAUUCCACCCACCAUGAAACGGUGGAAUUCCGUCUUGGUGUUCGCGAACGAGAACAAGCAUUCUUACGACAGAUGGUACGAAAAGAUAAGAAGUGUACUGGACAGCACGCAGUUAGAUAACGGCGCAGCGACGGCAGCAGCAGUAGCCCCGCCGCGCACUGCUUCCAGCACACCCACCACAUCUCCAACUCCCAUGCCAGCUGGCCCGUUGCCAGGUUCGCCUCAACUCACUCUGAGAUCCAGUGCUCCUAGUCCGGAUACUAGAGAGUAUUACAGAAAGAAGGAUAUGAAGAAUGAAAACAUGUAUAACUUCAACACUUUGGUUCACACGGGCGAUGCCAGACCGAGAUCAUGGCAUGAAUAGUCUCACCCUCCUCCGUUGAAUCGGAAACUCGGACUCAGCUUUUUUAAUUUUAUUGUUUUCAUUGUCUAUUCAUCACUGCAGAGUAAUAAUCAUAUAUUCAUGGUAAAUUUUAACGCUAUUCUAUGAAUAUCAUUAAAGAGAUCGGAAUGUUCUUCUAUCGGAAUGUUUAACACUUUUUAAUGUUGUUUUAUAUUUCAAAAUGAGUGUAAUUUCUAAUCAGUGUCCCCAGAAACAACCUU